GUGGAUUGGGUCACCAGCAUGGGAUCGCCCAGCCGCAGUCGGAGCCGUAGCCGCAGUCGGAGUGGUGACAGCCGCAGCCCGUCCCCCAAGAGGCGUAGUCCCACGGCCAGCCGUAGUCCCAGUCCACUCAAGCCCAAGGAAGCCAUGGAAUGGUUGAGUCUUCAUGACUGAUGGUUGUUUUAAAUAUGGUUUGGGUUGUGUGCUCCUGAGAUGAAGCUUUGGUUAAAAAUGGUUGUUAGGAAAAGGCCGACCGUACAUCACACAUCUCUUCUCCGUCAAAUCGUCCCGCCCCAAACUGUCCUUGUCCGCCAUGGUUCGAUGGUUGUGUGCUCGUGUCUAGCAGGAAGGAUCGAUCGAUGGUUGUUAAAUGGUAGAUGAACAAAAAAGGCCCCCUUCUCGCGACGACUUUUUAAGCGAACGUGUGUGCGUGUACUUCUUGCUGAAAGCUUCUAGCCCCAGACAAAAUGGUUGGCUCCGGGUUUGGGCUGUGCACGCUGCACUGGAUCCAUGUUGUCUCCGUGGUGAUCUUCUUACUGGGAUUUUUCCCACCCAAAAUCUCGGUCCCGGGAACGGCUCGAAAAGAGGACAUUUUGUUAGGAGCCCAAGAUCAGAACAUCAGUGCGACCCUCCGACAAGAAUGGACUCGACGGAAAGUCGGUCAGCUCGUGAUAGUUCUGAUAGACGCUCUCAGAGCGGAUUUUGUACUGGCCCAUGAUGUGCUUAGACACGAAGUUAACAUCGAUUACGGUUCCGUUGAGGAACGGCCCAAGCUCGACUUCUUGAACGAACAAGUGUCUCAAGGGCGAGCAGCCUGUUUUGUAGCCCAAGCCACGCCCCCGACUGUCACUUUACCCCGGAUUAAGGCUCUUACCACCGGCGGGAUUCCUGGAUUUGUGGAUGUGGUUAUGAACUUUGGAUCCAAUGUGCUCCAAGAAGACAAUCUGAUUCACCAAUGGAAACAAGCGGGCAGACGUCUCAACAUGUUUGGAGAUGACAUUUGGCUGAAAUUGUUUCCAGACUCGUUCUCACGGAGUGAUGGAACCACUUCGUUCUUCGUCGCUGAUUACACCGAGGUUGAUCGGAAUGUUACUCGCCAUUUGGACCAGGAACUAGCCUCCGACGAUUGGGACGUGCUCAUUCUCCAUUAUCUGGGCCUCGACCAUAUAGGCCACUUGGUGGGGCCUUCAAGUCCUUUGGUUGGGCCCAAAUUAUCGGAAAUGGAUGAAAUGAUACGAAAGAUACAUUCCACAUUGGCUGUUAAGCCCCAUGAUUUACCGCCCUUGAUGAUGAUUUUGGGUGACCAUGGAAUGUCGGAGUCAGGAAGUCACGGAGGGGCUUCAUUGUCUGAAGUAUGGACACCCAUUGUCCUUCUGGAACCCGGGCAAGGUACCAAACCUUUACUUCGCUCUCAGGUGCAAAAGAUAUCUCAACAAGACAUCGUUCCAACGUUGGCAUUUCUGACCGGUGUUCCCAUACCUCAAAAUAACUAUGGAAUUCUCGUUCGCAAAUUGAUGUCGAAGUCGAGGCCAGACAUCGAGGCUGGAAUGCUUCUUUACAACGCCGACCAGAUAUACCAUGUAAUGAAAGGGAAUGUGAGGUCCUAUUCUCAAGAUUAUGGGUAUCAGUUAUUCCGGGAAGCGUUCUCUUCACCCUCUGUACCAAACAAGCUCAACAUGAUCGAAGAUGCCGUCCGAGCCAUGGUGGACACUCUAAAGACGAAUGUCCUGGAGUAUAAUCUAACAUACAUGAGUAUCGGGUUUCUGGUCAACAUCUUGAUCCUUUGUUGGGUGCUCUCCAACCACGUGGAUCUCGAGUACUUUUCCUCGUUAAAGUGCUUGGUCAUCUUAGAAGCGAUCAAGAUCUUCAGCCUUGGCUCGACUUCAUUCAUUGAAGAACAACACCAAACACUCUAUUUUGUCACCCAAACCAUGCUAGUCCUCGUUGCAUUUCGAACCCAAAGCCUUCGUCCACUCGCUCUUAUGGCCUUGAUGCGUUUAGCUCGUUCUUGGAACCAAACGGGCGACAAAUGGGCUCAUCUCCCCGAUAUAGCGGAUUGGUUAAUUCUUCCUGAAAACAGACCACUUUUAUCUUGCUUGCAUGGUGGUGCAUUAUUGGCCCUUCUGACUUGGUCGUGGAGGAAUUUUCAGGAAUCGGGGAUAUUAUUGGUGGUUUACCCGUUGAUUUAUGCCCACAAUGCUGGCGAAGGCUCCGUAAGUCCACUCAUAAAAAGUGGAUGGGAUGAAAGAGGCAUUCAUUCCGCUCGAGGCGUUUUUCUUCUCCUUUUGUUGCUUCUCUUGUGGAGAAGGCUGCUUUCCAAGAGAAAUGGGCUUCCUUCUCAGAACCAUUUUCAGACUUCCAGUGAGCUUUUGUUAGAUGUCUUCCUACCAAUGGCCACACUUUUGGCUUCACCGCAAAACACCAUCUUGUUCCUACUUGAAAUGGUCGUUCUCGGAGCAAUGAAACCCACCAACAUUGUUCACUUGCUAGGGAGAACAUCAUCGGAGAAAGAUCAAUUUCCGUUAUGGUUGUGUCCGGAGGAGGCCCUCAUGUUUUACUUGAAUAUAGGAUUCUCCAUCUAUUUUGCUCAGGGAAACUCCAACAGUUUGGCCACAAUCGACGUUGGUUCUGGUUACACCGGUCUUUCAGAAUUCCAUCCAGUUCUAGUUAGCGCUCUGAUUGGUUUGACUACCUAUUCAGCACCAAUAUUAGCUCUUCUGGCUUAUUUCAGUGAUUAUCCGAAGACAUUGUCCUCAACCAUGAGCCUCAUGCUUUUCCUGAGAACUGUAGAAUUGGGAUUCUUUGAAGCUUUGCUCACAGUGGAACGUUAUCAUCUCUUUGUUUGGACAGUGUUCUCGCCCAAACUUCUCUACGAAGCCACAUUAAGUGCUUUAUUUGCGGUCAUGUAUUCGAUCCUAUAUGCGGUCUCAUGAACCUUGUGAAGAAGUCCCUGCUAGAAUCCCGAGUGACCGAUGGACAAUCUUGUUCUUAUUGGAACAGUCAUUCAGUGCUGAAUACCAAAUGCUCCCAAAAUCACCAAAGAUGUGUAUGUUCAAAGAAAACGUUCAUAUGACAAUAGUACCCACGAAAUUUCGUAUUUAUUGGUCAGCAAUCUUGAAGUAAACAAAAUUGAGGGUUUGUUCAUUUUCUUCUAAUGAA